GUGGGCUAAAACCAAACAGGGACACACACACACAUAGCUGGUAGAAGGGGGUUUGGCACCGGGGCGUCCCACAGUUGCCCAGUGACACAUGAGGAGUAGGAAGCAAAAAACCUGGAUGUUCCCUGUGUUUUUCAUACGUGAAGGAUUUUAUUGGAAUCACUUUCUUUUUCUCAACUGUUGGAGUUAAAUCAGAGUUCAGCUCCCAGAUAUCGUGUGGAUAUUUAAAGAACCUAUUGCUGCUGUUGCCGCUGUCGCUGCAGGCGCAUGUUUUGGCACUUGAGUGUCGGAGUGUGAGACUACGUUAACAAGAAGAGUGAUAGGAUAGAACAAAAACACAAGCAGAGACACAUACAAUCCAACACAGCUCUCAUCCAUGGUGACAGAAGGUAAGUGGGAAGAGAGUAUUUUUUAUCUUAUACUAUCUAAUAAGACCCAGUGUGUCUCCAGUCAGUUAGUCAUUAGGUGGCAGUCCCGUCCUUUGGCCCUUGAUUCAAACUCCAGUAGCAUUGUUCCUUUAUGGGUUUGACAACCAGCUCUAAUAAUAGCUAAGAUAAAUGAGCUAAUCACAUAGCCUGUUUGUUUAGUCUUCAAAUUAAACAGGCAUACAUGUCUGUUUUCCUUCUCAUGACACAUCCUUACAUGCCGACCUACUGCUUUUUUAAAUGACCUAUUAGUUCUAAUCCCUUACAGCCUCUCUACUACUGCCCCAAUCCACCAUAUCCCCAUCAUUAUCAAUUACCUUAAUAUAUUGAUAUAAGUUGAUAUUAAAGAGAUUUAGAUGGCAGGAAACUAAGCUCCGACAGAGCUAACAAUCCCAGAAAAACGGCACUUAGUCGUAGCAACCUAUGGAUAGAAGUUAAUAAUGUGAGCCAAGUAAAGGACCAUAGGUGCAGACAAUGUGCGGCACAAGUCAGAAGUAAUAACCGGCUGUAAAGUGCCUUUUACUGCUCUGGCUGCGUACUAUCAACACAUCAUGAACAGCUGUAUAAGUUAGCUGAAUAAGAUAAUGAAUAAAUUAUAAACUAGCCAAUCAUAGUCUUUAGCAAUCUGGAUUAUUCAGAGCCUAAUUCCCUUUGACCAUAUCUCAGUUGUUAGUUUUAGUUCUUAGUCAUGCUUGUUGAUAAAAUAAUCAUGGCAAGAAAUAUUUCUAGUGUCCCAUUGACAGAUUGUAAUUUUCUUAUAACAGAAUUGGAACGUUUUCAAACAAGUUACCUCUCACAGCCGUCACUGUAUGUUACUGUAGAGAGCCACAGGUCACAGGUUUCAAUGAAGAAUAUACACUCUCCCUCUAGAGGAGACGAGAUGUCGAGGCCUCCUUCCUCCCAGACCACCCCUCAGUUCUACAGAGUCAGUGAAAGAGAUCUCACCGAGAUCGAGCUACAUUCAGUGGACUCCAUCAAUGAUCUCCACCGAACACACGCCGAACACAGCCACAAAGGGAUAAGGCCACCUCGUCCUGCUUACACGCCCUCUCCGAAUGGGAACCCCCACAUGUGUGAAAUGAUAGCUGUCAAUCAAAGCGGCCAUCCAGUCAGCAGCAAAUGGCAGAGCCGUCUGCAGGAUAUGUUGACGCCCAGUUCAUCACGUGCCUACGCCAUGGGCUGUGCUAUAAUCACUUUGCUUCUGCUAACAGUGUUUCUCAUCUUCUACUUUUUGGUCCAGCAGGGCGGUGCAAUCCAGAUGCUGACAGAGGCAGUGAGGGAGAAGGAGGCUGCAGCCACAGAGCUGUCAAUACUGAUCCAAGAGCUGCAGACACUGAGACACAACCUGACAGCAAUGAGAGGAGGGACAUGACGAAGAGAUGCACAGCAGAAAUAAUAUACACACAUACACAUAUUAUCAACGCAUACGGUAUUGUACAUUUUAAAUAUGGACAAGAGGCAUUGGAGUUUAUGUUGAAUUUUUCCUUUAAGGGUGCACAUUUGUUAUAAUGUUCUCUAAAUGUUUUUUGUCUUUCAAGAUCGAAUGUAUUUGAUGGAUCAUGUAAUUAAGAGAAGUUUCUUGAAACUAUCUCAAACUCAUUUUGCAAUCAUUACUGAUUGGAUUAAAUCAAUUGAGUUGGUUCCUUUCAUAACAUUGCACAAUACACAUUUAAUGUUUUCAGAAGACUCAUUAUUCAUGAUUAUCUCUCAAAAUAAAAAGUGGCUUUGAAUUGUUGCCACUGUGUCACACAAGGUGUUUAAAUGUCACACUAUCUUGUUUCAGAAAGUAAAACAGACUACAAUCAGUAAAUCAUGAAACGUAUUGAUGCAGACAAUAUUGUUAUCAAAUGUAUCUGUCAGCAGUUGGUUCUAAAUAUAUAGUUUUUAAAAUGUGUUUUAUGAGUGUGUGUAAUCAUGUCAUGAUUUAUUGAUUUUCACUGAGAUUGUUUCAGCCAUUACAUGUUGUUAUAAUAAAUUAAAAUCAACA